GAAGGGGACAGAGCAAGAGAGGGCAGGGGCCCUAGGUGGGGGGGUGGAGGGGGCAGGAGCCCCAAGUGCCGCCCCAGCCAUGGCCACCUCGGACCCUGUGCGCCUGCUGCAGGAGGAAGUGACGUGUGCCAUCUGUUUGGACUACCUGCACGAGCCGGUCACCAUUGACUGCGGCCACAAUUUCUGCCGCGCCUGCAUCACCCGCUGCUGGGACGAGAUGGGCCGGCGCUUCCCCUGCCCCCAGUGCCGGGCCCGCUCGCCCAAACGCAAGCUGCGGCCCAACUGCCAGCUGGCCAACGUGGCCACGGCCGCCAAGCGGCUGCGGCCCAACGCGGGUGAAGACCGGGUGCCGGGCCCAGGCACCAGCGUGGGCAAAGGCUGGGGGGCCAGGGAGCCCGAGGCGCAGCUGGCCACGUCUCUGGCUGAGGAAGAAGCCAAAGGGAGCCGGAACGAGCAGACACCAAAGGCCCCAGAGGACAAGUCCCGGGAGGCCCAGGAUGGCGAGACCCAGACAGGGAGACUUCCCGAUGCGGCCAGAGACGUGGAGGGCGGGGAGCCGGGGAAGGGUACAAAGAACGAGGCCGAGGGGCCGGUGGAAGCUCCGGAUGGUGGGCCCCAGCGGAACACUUCACCCAGUGAGGAGGGCCGGGACAGUAGGACAGAGAGGCGGCUCAAAGACCACAGAGAGGGCCCGGCCCAUGGGAUGAGGCAGCCCCCUGAGGCAGCCGCCCCGGAGGAGGCCCCAGGGCGUGAGAUGGAGAAGAAGGCUGAGGGCGCUCCUAGCGUCAAGGCAGGGAAGGGCCCCCGAGAACAGGAAGACGUGGGCCAGGUCGCAGGGGCGGGGAACAGUCUGGCAGCAGGCCCAGGGGACAGAGGCCAGUGGGCUGAGCCAAGGCCAGGGAUGAGCCUGCCCCAGAGCCCCUGCCCCCAGCACCCAGGAGAGGACCUCUGGCUCUUCUGUCGUCGGGAUGGGGCCACUCUGUGCCCUGCCUGCCACCACGAGAGAGCCCACCGGGGCCACGACCUGGUGGUGCUGGACGAGGAAGGCCAAGCUACCCGGGCCCGCCUCAGAGGGGUUCUGGGCAGUCUGCGUGCCCAGAGGAAGGCCCUGGAGGACGCAGGCACCCGGCAGGAGCUCCAAGGGGCCCACUUAGACGAAGAGGCUGCCAUCCGGCGCCAGCGUCUAGGGGAUGAGUUUGAGGGUCUGCGUCACUUCCUGAGCAAGGCUGAGCAGGACCUGCUGAGCUCACUGGCACUGCUGAGCACCAGGCCCAGGCCGCCCGCCGAGCCCGAGGAGCCCGACUCUCGGCCAAUGCCCAGCAACUGGACCGCCCUCCUGGAGGCCUCGGCCUGGCUCCACCUGCCCAGCGCCCGCCUGCUAGGUGACAGCGGCGUCCAAGAGGGACUUCGAAAGCUGGAGGCGGAGGCUGGCAAGACCCUGGGGACCAGGGUGAUCCCUGGGGAGGGGCUGGGAAGGGCAGGCCGGGCUCAGGCCGUGCUAAAGGAGGCGGCCAGGGCCUUCCGGGAGCGGCUGUCAGGGGAACUGGACCGAGAUGAGCCCCCGGUGCGCUUUGACGCCAACUCAGCUGCCCCAGGCUUAGAAGUAUCAGAAAGUGGGAGGAUAGUGAGGCUGGUGCCCCGGGCCAGCGCCCAGCAGGCUGACCUCUGCCCCUGCGUCCUGGGCGACAAAACCUGGCGCGAUGGCUCUCACUACUGGGAAGUGGACGUAAGCGGGUCAGGGGGCUGGGCCGUGGGCGUGGCCUGUGAGGGCAACCCCAGGCCCCAGCCCAACAAGGGGCUCUGGGCCCUGCAGCUUAGUCGAGGCCAGCUGUGGACCCCUGAAGUGACCCUGGCUAUCCGGCAACAGCCCCAGCGUCUGGCCGUGUACCUGGAGGUGGAGGCUGGUCUGCUGGCCUUCUCCGAUGCCCAGAGUGGCGCUCCCGUGCACAGCUACCAGGGGGCCGAAUGGGGCCCUGUAGCCACUCUCAGACCCUGCUUCUGGCUCUGGGACCUCGGAGGGAGUCUCCGUCUGAGCCCCUGAGCCCAACACGCUGGGACACACGGUCCCAGAUAAAGGAAUGGAGACCGCCCGCCUGGCCCUGUCUUUAUUGGAGUGAGACAAUGGCACAGACACAGGGCCCAUCAUCCACAGAGGCAAAGGAAGGGUUACUGGCCUCUUCAAGUAGCAUUUAUUAAGCACUUCCUGUGUGCCUGCCAGGUUCUAAUGCCCUAGGUUCCAAACCCAGGGCUCCCACUAAGUCCCUGUGGUCUGGGAGAAAUCUGUGCCCCUUGGGCCUCAGGUUCCUUCUCUUUUUGAAAGGAGAUGGGCCUAGAAGGGCCUCUAGGGUCCCUUCUGGGUCUAAAUCUUCCUGUCAAAGAAAGAAGACAUAGAGAAACAGACAGCAGGAAAGUGGGGAGAGAGACAGUGAGUCAUAGUGAAACAGGGUGGAAGGAAAGGAGAUCCAUGGGGAGGAGGGACACACUGACCAAGACCUGGAGAGGAGGCGAUUUGGGGAGAGAAAUCAGGGGGCUGGGUAUCGCAUCCAGGCAGAGGGAAGACACUGGCAGAGAAGGUAUCCUCUAGAAACUCAGCAGCUGAGAAAGAGGAUGCAGAUUUGGAGGUGGAAGUAUCCCAGAAUCGGGGGGAUCCUUAGUGGGGCAUGGACAAAGUGUGGGAGAGGAUG